AUGGCAGUCAACAUAUCGAGCUCGUCGCCAGUGCCAUUACCGAACUCGGUCGCGCCUAGCCUUCCGUACUUUGAACACGCUUGGUCGGUGCUAAGCAUCAUCGGCGUCUUUAACGUGUUCCUGGGGCUGUUGAUUAUUGGAAUCACGUCAUUUUCCAAGCUCACGGUCGUACCCAUUGUCUCGUCCGCAGCGGGUGCCAUCGCGAAUGGACUCUACUUCCACGCUUACUAUGAUAAGCCGUACCCUCUUGCGAAGAGGGCAGCGGCGGCGGCCAUUGGCGAUAUAUGCUGGCUUAUACAAGAAGCAGGGUUACCAUUCUACAGCUUCAUCAUCCUCAACAGACUCCUUAGAGGGACGAAACGAAAAGUCUUCCACACGGUAUUCUGGUCGACCCUAGUUCUCGUCACCGCCGUCAAAGUAAUGAUCAUCUACUACCGUCUCCUCCGUAUCCUACGGGAAGACGACAGCCUCCAAGGCACCAUCAUCAGGAUCCACAUCGCCUACUUUGGCCUCUUUGCGGUCAGCGAGUGCGUCAGCGCCUACUUUCUCCUCCGCAUCUUCGCCGAAGUCAGGAAGUCGUCCAAGGAAGCCGGUCUCCGGAAGAGCUUUAUACGGUACCUGAUGCGCAGCACAGAGAUCCGCGUCGCUUCGCUCGCUGUGGCGGCGGCGAUACGGGUUAUUACGCAUUCGUUGAACGUGUGGCAGAGUAGCCCCGCGACGAGAUAUGUUGAUCGGGCUGCUUAUGCGCUGGGAUGCUUCUUUCCCGUUAUUAUGUAGUAAGUGUUCUUAGGUGCUGAUCAUUGAGGCAGGCUCGAGAGUUUGCUGACUGGUUUGGGGAUAGCGUUGACUUGUUGGCUUCCAAGCUGCAGUUUACGACACAGACGAAUGAUCCAUCUUUCGCCAGUGAUAGGCCACUACGGGGUCCGGUGUCGACUGAGAAGACGGCAGAUUAAUGACAUUUUAGAGGUUCUUAUUUUAGCGUACGCAGAUAACUUCAUAAUACACGGUGUAGUUCCGGAUAUCAUGCCGACCUCAAUUAUCUUAGAGAAGAGAGGGUGUCGCUCAUAUCCCCCUACCAAAGCCUGUUGUCGAUAGUAUGCGCCACUUGCUUCCUUAUCUAUAGCAUGACGAAAAACCCCGACG